GUGACGAGCCAGCCGGCUCCCCGCCACCUCUGGGGGGCUCGAGACCCCCGCGAGGGUCCGGGUUGGGAGAGUAGCGUAGUGGAGUCUUGAUUUCCUCGCUCCUUUAGGAGACACCGGGUAGUUGACGGCUGUUGCGUGCCGCAGCCUGAGCGUCCUCUCCCUUCAGGGAGGACUGCUUUCCAGAGUGUUGUGGAGGGGGGCACGGGGACCGAGACCCAGCACGGAGGAUUAGGUUUUGGAAGCCUGUCAGGGAUCUCUGGCGACCUCUCUAUGUAUGCACCUCGUCCGGUCUCUCCUUUUCUGCCUCUCUUUUCAAGGAUCUUUCCUCGUGCUAAGGCUUCGAUGCGACGUGCUUUAAUCAAAGGAUUGACGUUUCUUCUCCGAGUGUCUGUUGUCACUUUUCAGCUUCUCCAAACCACUGGAUUCCUUUGAAGUCAGGCCUUUUCGUCUGCCCUGCGUUCCCACACCUUCCUAAGGUGUUUGCAAUGGCUGCUACUGUGAACUUGGAACUUGACCCUAUUUUUUUGAAAGCACUAGGUUUCUUACAUUCGAAGAGUAAAGAUUCUGCUGAGAAACUAAAAGCACUACUUGAUGAAUCCUUGGCUCGGGGUGUUGAUGCAAGUUACCGUCCAUCUCAAAAGGAUGUGGAGCCACCCAAAGUUUCAAGCACAAAAGCUAUUUCUAUUAAGCAAGAACCCAAAACAUCAUCCAGUCUUCCUUCAGGCAAUAAUAAUGGCAAGGUCCUCACAACUGAAAAGGUAAAGAAGGAAGCUGAAAAGAGACCUGCUGAUAAAAUAAAAUCAGAUGUUACUGAAGGAGCUGAUAUUCCAAAGAAACCUAGACUAGAGAAAUCAGAGACACGGUCCUCUCCCAUUACUGUCCAAACCAGCAAGGAUUUAGCUAUAGCUGACCUUUCCAGUUUUGAGGAGACCAGUGCUGAUGAUUUUGCUAUGGAGAUGGGACUGGCCUGUGUUGUUUGCAGGCAGAUGACAGUAGCAUCUGGUAAUCAAUUAGUCGAAUGUCAAGAAUGCCAUAAUCUGUACCACCAAGACUGCCAUAAACCCCAGGUAACAGACAAGGAAGUGAAUGACCCUCGCCUGGUGUGGUAUUGUGCCCGAUGUACCAGACAGAUGAAAAGAAUGGCUCAAAAAACUCAGAAACCACCACAGAAACCAGCUCCUACAGUUGUUUCUGUAGCUCCAGCUGUAAAAGAUCCGUUGGUUAAGAAACCAGAAACUAAACUCAAGCAAGAGACAACUUUCCAAGCAUUCAAGAGAACAGAAGUCAAGACAUCCACGGUUAUUUCAGGAAAUUCUUCUAGUACCAGUGUUUCCUCUUCGGUAACUAGUGGCCUAACAGGUUGGGCAGCUUUUGCAGCCAAAACAUCUUCUACUGGUCCCUCAACAGCAAAAUUGAGUUCUACAACACAAAACAACAGUGGAAAACCUGCUACCUCAUCUGCCAGCCAGAAGCCUGUGGGUUUGACUGGUCUGGCAACAUCUUCCAAAGGUGGAAUAGGUUCUAAAAUAGGUUCCAAUAAUAGUACAACACCCACUGUACCACUGAAACCACCUCCACCUCUAACCUUAGGCAAAACUGGCCUUAGUCGCUCGGUUAGUUGUGAUAAUGUUAGCAAAGUAGGUCUUCCCAGUCCAAGUAGUUUAGUUCCAGGAAGCAGCAACCAACUAAGUGGGAAUGGAAAUAGUGGGACAUCAGGCCCUGGUGGAAGUACCACUAGUAAAAGUACUUCAGAAUCUAGUAGCUCUUCCUCAGCAUCCCUUAAAGGUCCAACUUCACAAGAAUCACAGCUCAAUGCUAUGAAGAGAUUACAGAUGGUUAAGAAGAAAGCUGCCCAAAAGAAACUCAAGAAAUAGGGUGUCCAAACAGGUGUGAUGUUAUAGUACCCAAAAGGUAAAAACUUAUUACUAGAACAUAUAUUGUUAAAUGUACUGUAAUUUAAUAAAAAUAUUCAGAAUCAAA